UAAAGCCUUUAAUUUCUCAUCAUAUUUUCCCUUUUUGAUCCUAAGAAAUAAACCAAGCUUGGGUUCUUUAAUUUUUCAUGAGCACUUAGAACAAUUGGUUUGAAUAUUGGGAUCUUUUUUUUUUUUUUUUUUUUUAAUAAGAAAGGGGAAAUGUCAUUCACAGGGACUUUGGAUAAAUGCACAGCUUGUGAUAAAACUGUUUAUUUUGUUGAUCUCUUGACUGCUGAUGGAGUCACCUAUCAUAAAGCAUGCUUCAAAUGCAGCCAUUGCAAAGGAACUCUUGUGAUGAGCAACUACUCCUCCAUGGAUGGAGUUCUCUACUGCAAACCUCAUUUCGAGCAGCUUUUCAAGGAAUCUGGCAAUUUCAGCAAGAACUUUCAAUCAUCGGGGAAGACUGACAGGCAACAUUCAUUGAGUAGGACCCCAAGCAAACUUUCUUCCAUGUUCUCUGGAACCCAAGACAAAUGUUCUGCCUGCAACAAAACAGUGUAUCCUCUGGAGAAGGUGAAUAUGGAGGGUGAAUCAUACCACAAGUCAUGCUUCAAAUGUGCUCAUGGGGGUUGUCCCCUUACACAUUCAUCUUAUGCUGCUUUUGAUGGAAUUCUUUACUGCAAGCAUCAUUUUGCUCAGCUCUUCAUGGAGAGGGGGGACUACAGCCAUGUCCUUAAGGCCGCCACUCAAAGAAAAAAUGGUGUGACAGCGGCGGAACCAGAGGAAGAGCCCAAAUCAGAACCAGACCAGACAGAAGAGCAGUCCUAAAUACACAGCUUUGCUUCAUAUCUGAAUUUACAGAAUUUUCUAUUCUCAGCAAACCCUCUUAUCAUGAUGAAGUUUCAUAUUUGAGUGCUCACAAUAUAUUUGGAGUUUGUAAACAUAUUCAAAAGGUUAUGUAUGAUACACAAAUGCAUAAAGCUUAAUGAAGUUUGU